CGGAAAAACCCCAUUAACCCCGCCUUUCCAAAUACAUUUCUGAGCAGCCUAUAGUGAGCAGAGUUAACUUUUGGAGUCAAUCUAAGAAGAAGAAGCCGCGAAGGGUGGUCUGUGCAGUCUUGCAGGCGAAGUUCCACGUCUACAGGUUUGAUUUGCGCCUCUGGGCAUAGCUUACGACGUGGUUACUACGAAAACGGCAGAGACAGAGGAAGAAAAAAGUUGAGUAGGUAGGCCAUACUGCAGGAAAUCUCUGCAAGGCGGAGAUCAGGCGGCGCCGGCUAUCCAUCCCACCUCAUUUGGAUCUGGAAGAUGAUAACGCUUACGCACAAUAUGAUUUUAUUACCGUUUCUCGUAGCUUUUGUUUCGUGUAAUGCCCCACCGGUACCAACCGAUGACAUAAUCAUUGAAAAAACCUUUAGUCCAGAGCAAUGUCUGCGCGCAGUUAAGAAUGGAGAUUAUGUUAGGUACCAUUAUAACGGCAUGUUCCCAGACGGGAAGAAGUUCGACUCCAGUUAUGAUCGUGGCUCCACCUAUAAUGUUUUUGUGGGUCGGAAGCAACUUAUCGCAGGGAUGGAUAAGGCUCUGCUGGGAAUGUGUGUGAAUGAACGACGACUUGUGAAAAUACCCCCACAUUUAGCCUACGGCAAAGAUGGUUACGGUGAUAUCAUCCCCCCAAAUUCGGUGCUGCACUUUGACGUGCUAUUGCUAGACAUCUGGAACUCCGAAGAUCAGGUGCAGAGUAAUACCUACCACACGCCAGAGCACUGUGGCCGCAAGGUGCAGGUGUCCGAUUAUGUACGGUAUCACUACAACGGAACUCUUCUGGAUGGAACUUUGUUUGAUUCGAGUCACACACGCAUGCGUACAUAUGACACGUAUGUUGGCAUUGGUUGGCUGAUCGCUGGGAUGGACCAGGGCCUUCUGGGAAUGUGUGUGGGCGAGAGACGCAUCAUCACCAUGCCCCCAUCACUUGGCUAUGGGGAGAAUGGAGAUGGUAGUGAUAUUCCUCCUCAGGCUUCACUAGUGUUUGAUGUGGUGCUCUUGGAUCUUCACAACCCAAAGGAUGAAAUUGCCGUCGAGGUUCAACAUCUCCCAGACCCUUGUCCUCGAAAGAGUGCUGUUGGUGACUUCAUGAGGUACCAUUACAAUGGAUCCCUGCUAGAUGGAACCUUUUUCGACUCAAGUUAUUCAAGGAAUCACACUUACGACACAUAUAUUGGGAAGGGCUAUGUGAUUGUUGGAAUGGACCAAGGACUGCUUGGUCUUUGUAUUGGAGAGAGGAGAAGAAUCACCAUCCCACCUCAUCUUGCUUAUGGAGAGGAGGGGACAGGCACAAAGAUUCCAGGCUCAGCAGUUCUGGUGUUUGAUGUUCAUGUGAUCGAUUUCCACAACCCAUCUGACUCAGUAGAGAUAACCAGCACCAAGCCUGAAUCCUGCUCACCUCUAUCUAAAAAUGGAGACUAUGUCAAAUACCACUACAAUGCCAGUUUACUGGAUGGCACAGACAUAGACUCUACUCACAACUAUGGGAAGACAUAUAAUGUGGUUCUGGGAGCUGGCCAGGUGGUCAUUGGCAUGGAGCAAGGCCUGAUGGGAAUGUGCGUGGGAGAGAAGCGACGCCUCGUCAUCCCUCCACAUCUAGGCUAUGGAGAGAGGGGAGUGGAAGGAGAAGUUCCUGGCAGUGCAGUACUUGUGUUUGAUGUCGAGUUGAUUGAGAUGGAGGAGGGCCUUCCUGAAGGCUACAUGUAUGUAUGGAAUGAUGAUGUCUCUCCAGACCUCUUUGUGGAGAUGGACAAAAACAAGGAUGGCAAAGUCGAAGCAAGUGAGUUCUCAGACUACAUUAUUAGACAGGUGAAUGAAGGUCGUGGUCGCCUGGCUCCUGGCUUUGAUCCUAACCGUCUCAUCGAGAACAUGUUCAAUAAUCAGGACCGCAACAAAGAUGGACACAUCACUGAGGCAGAAUUCAAACUGAAGGCAGAUGAAACCACUCAUGAUGAACUUUGAGAGGGGUCUUAGGAGGGUCCAGUGAUUUCAGGGGGUUUAUGAACAGAUGUCUGUGGUUAUGUGUCAGGGUGUAAGAGGUAACAGCUGUGUGUUUAUGUGUAUGUGUGUAUCUAUGUGUGUGUGUGUGUGUGUGUGUGUGUGUGUGUGUGUGUGUGUGUGCGUGCGUGCGUGUAGCAGUACAGAGAGUGUGUGGUGCCGUUAUGUGUUUGCUGUUAGAAUGCUCUUUUAUAAAAAAUAAAUUCAAAACCCUCUAACCCAUAAAGGGUA